AUGCGACGGCACCCCUCACAGUCGAUGUACCCGCACUCGGGUCUGGAUAAUCUGGCAGAGGAGGAGGAAGAGGAUGAAGAUGAGGAGGAUGGAUGGAUCGGCCAGCAGCCUGUUCGACCGUCGCCGUACACAGCGACCAGCGCAUCUUCAGUGCCCACCCGGCUACGGUCCACUCGCCACACCUCCUCUUCCUCAGCUGGGAGCGCGUCUUCGUCCUCUGGCCCCUCCCCAUCACUCUCCCAACCACACGAGCCGAUGAAGUACAACAGAUCAAACCUGUACUCCUCGUUCCUGCACCGCUACCAAUCACGUCGAGAAGACGACCCGCAGAACGACCCGGACAGCCACUACCACCAGCACGGGCUCGAGCAGUUAUUGGACGGAGGGGACAGUGACGACGAGGACCUCGCGCGCGUGGCGUUAGGCGGUCUAUCAGAUGGGAACGACCGGCUGUCGUCUCUCAUGCUGGAAACGGACGCGUUGGAACCUGAAACGCUGGAGGACCGUGAGAGGUUGGAAUGGCAAACCAUGCUGGCCAGUGUACUCGACGGCGACGUGCUCAAGAGCGAGAAGAGCCGCAUCGCCUCUGCAUUGGCCGGUAGCACGGACGAGAAGAAGAACCUGAGGCUGAACCUCUGGUAUGGUAUACGCGCGCACAUGCGCGUAUGCCCAGAGACGGAGGAGAGGCGGCACGUUGAGGAUCUGCGGAAGGACACGACGGACCCGGUCAUCAAUGAGGUGUUGACAUUCCGCGUCAUCAGUUCUGAGAGCGACCGAGAUCCUGGCGCUACGGCUCUUGCUCAAGUCAACGAGGUCAUUCAUCAUCUCGACGUCGUGCAGUCGUUGUACCCCGCGCUCAGAGCGUUUGAGGAUGACAAGCCUAUGGUCGCGGACGAUAAGUUCGCACAAAGGCGUGACACGCUCAUCACUUGGUCCAACGUCUUCACCUCUCUCCGACAUCAGAUCAACGUGUUGCGGACAUGGACGGGCAGCGAGACGCUUGACGUUACAGCGCCUAGCGAAGGCGAUGGCGGGAACGGGAUUGGGCUGCGGUACGGACGCGGAGACGCUGGUCCUGGUCCGGAUAAGACGACCUUCCUCGAGCGCGUGUUGAAGGAGGAGAGCAUCCAGAUGACAUUCGCCAAGGGCUUCAUGACUACUGUACACUCCCUCAUCGCAAGCGCACGCGACGCACAGGUCAACCGCGCAGGACUAAUGGGCGAGAUGAACCUCCCGACGUUCGAGCGGGAGUUGAUGCCACUCAUCAGCUUCCCGACCCAACUCGCUCUGGCCAGCUUACAAGCCCUCCUCGGCUACGCCCAACGUCUACGCGAUCCAGAAGUCAUUAUCAUAGACCAAAUGACAGACGACCUCAAGCUAAACAUCGGCAUCGCAUGCACGCUGAAACGCCAAUACGAAGCCUUCCUCUCACCCGACCCCAACGGCAACUGGAACCUCCCACACUCGAUCGACGACAACUACGACCGCGUCAUUCUCGAAGCCCUCUCCUUCAUCUUCAAGCUCCUUCACUGGAAACUCAAGUCCGGCGCCAAAGACAUCUACUUCAAAGAGACGGACGUGAUCGAGGCACAGUGGCCCAUCUUCAACGACGUCGCUUUGACCGUGCCCGGGGGCGCCAGUGUAGUCGCGGAGCAGUUGUGUGGGCUCACGAAUCGGUUGAUGGUCCGCGUCACGAACUUCUUUGAGACGCAGGUUAGGGUGCCGAUCAAUGAACGGAAUGGAGGGGCGAUGCCGACGGCUAAUGCGAAGAUCGCGCUGGGCAUGUCGGGAAGGAGCAAUAUGAGCGACCAGCAGCUCGUGAACUGGUACGCCAAGAUCCUCGAGAAUGUGCGCUUGCGGUACCGUAAGCUGCAGCGUUUCGUACGGGUCAUCAAUCAGCGCUUCAGCAAUAGCGCCGAGUACACCCUCGACGACGUCCCGCUCGAGCUCUUCAUCGCCCACCUAGUCGAGACCGACCAUUUUCUCGUCUACACACAGACAUUCGAGGAAGAGGGUAUCUACAUCGUUGCCUCUGCCGCUCUUCGCCCGCACCCCGAGCACGUCCGGCGUCUACUCGUCGACGCGUUCCACGUGACCGAGGUUCUCGAAGACGAUGGGCGCAAGAUCGUGAACAUCUACGACUUGAACACCGGAGAUAUCGAUGCGGCUGGGUACCUUCUCGUAUUGAGUCCGCAGGAGAGGUUCCUCUGGAACGGGCCGGUCGUGAUCAUGGACAUCCCCAAGAUCCCCCUCGAUCUUAAGGAUAACCGCGUGCGGCUUGUGGCGGAUGGCGCACAGCAUCGGCUGGUGGUGGCGAAGGAGGAGUUCAUGGAGACGUUCAUGUUCGUGGACGAGGACGGGCAACCGGUGGACAACGGGAUGAAGCUUCCACUCUGUAUCGCCGAGCAACAAGCGCAUCUCCCCGCUGUCAACAGACAACUACGCAAGAUUGGCAGCGCGACGAACCGUCUAGCCGAGGCUAUCGUCGAUAGCGUGCACCACGUUCGUCUCGCGCUUUCGCACGCGCAGAGGAGGCAGGGGUUACUGGAGCAAUGGUACAGCUUCGCGAGCGAACACGGUCUACACGUGCAGAAAUACAUGGACAGAAGCACGCUCCAGAAGUUCAACCGUCUCCUUAUCAAACUCGCCAUAUCAUGGGUCUCCUUCAUCUGCGACGACUGCGACCCGAACGACAGGCAAACGUUCCGCUGGGCCGUCAACGCGCUCGAGUUCGCGCUCGGACGGACGCGCAGGAACAAUAUACUGCAGUUGCCCGACGAUCAGUUCGAGAUGCUCAGGCAGAAGGUCGCGAGCUGUAUGACGUUGCUGAUCAGCCAUUUCGAUAUCUUGGGCGCGAGGAGUACGUUGGAGGCUAGGAAGGAGAAGGAGAGGCAGGAGGAGCAGUUCAGGAACGACAGCCGCGAUCUGAGCUUGACGAGCGAUAACGCGCUCUUACGUGCGCUCAGUGCCGGCAACGCCGGAGAGAGCGGGGGAUACGUCGACCCGAACGUGAUGAAGUUCUGGGAGCGGACGAGUAGGGCGUUGUCGGAGUUGGAGAACGAUAGGGCGAGCAUUACGAGCGAGCAGAGGAUGAGCGGACGGGUGCUGGACGAUGAGAAGUUGGAGGAUAGGAGCGUGGUGUUCCUCGCGAGCUUCAGCUCUAACAUUUCCAUUCGGUGGCAGCAGGGCAAGUUCAUCGGUGCCGGCGCGUUCGGGAGCGUGUAUAGCGCCGUCAACCUCGAUUCGGGAUCGCUCAUGGCCGUCAAGGAAAUCAAGUUCCAGGAGCUGGCUGGGUUGCCGUCGUUGUACUCGCAAAUCCGUGACGAGCUGCGUGUCAUGGAGAUGUUGCAUCAUCCGAACAUUGUGGAGUACUACGGAAUCGAGGUGCAUAGGGACAAGGUCUACAUCUUCGAGGAAUUCUGUCAGGGAGGCAGUUUGGCGGGGUUGUUAGAGCACGGAAGGAUCGAGGACGAGGGUAUCAUUCAGGUGUACACGAUGCAGAUGCUCGAAGGUCUCGCGUACCUACACUCGAAGGGUAUCGUUCACCGAGACAUCAAACCUGACAAUAUCCUCCUCGAUCAUCGCGGCGUGAUCAAGUUCGUCGACUUCGGUGCCGCCAAGAUCUUCGCACGCAAUCAACGAUCCAUAGCCGCCCGUUCCCGCCGCGCACCCGACUCCAGCACUCCGAACCCAGGUGUCUUCGACGGCGGGCUAGGCAUGAACAACAGUCUCACGGGCACGCCGAUGUACAUGUCCCCCGAGGUCAUCAAGAACGACAAGCGCGGUCGACACGGCGCUAUGGAUAUCUGGAGUAUGGGAUGCGUCGUGCUCGAGUUCGCUACGGGCAAGAAGCCAUGGUCGAACUUGGACAAUGAAUGGGCGAUCAUGUUCCAUAUCGGUGUCGCCACGCAACACCCGCCACUUCCCGAACCUGAUCAGCUUUCGGCGCUGGGUAUCAGCUUCAUCAAGGAGUGUCUGACCGUCGAUCCCAUGCGCAGGCCUACGGCGACCGAACUGCAGGAUCAUCCAUGGAUGCUCGAGUUCAGACAGGCGUUGCUGAACUAUGAGGAGGAGGAGCUCGCGACGAGUCCUCCUGCCGCGAUGCCGAGCGAUGAGCAGUAUGAGCAGGCGAGCGUCGCGAGACAGGCGGCAAUCAUCGGCGAGAAGGAGGUCGAGGCCAUACAGGCGCCCAGUCCGAGUAUGAGUCCGGGUGGGACGCCGGGCGAGGAGAGUAUCAUCGAAGAUGCGGCAGAGUUGCUGGCAGAAGAAGAGGAAGACGGUGUGCUAGUAGGAGAGGGAGGGCAAGAGUUAUAG